UCUGGGUCUGAGUGCUUGCUUGAUCUGCUGUUAUGCCGUAUCCCAACGGCAUCCAAGACUCAAGCCAUCACGCCUUGCAGCGCCAUCGUCAAUCACACUGACGCUACAGCCGCGCUACGACCGAACCUUUGCGGAGUGCACCUGCCAAACCUCAUCUACGAUAUCCGUACCGCGCCUCUCCGACGACCAAACUUCGACUUCGCACCACCCGACGACAGCGACUCUGUCGGCCGCCGUUUCCUUCUCGUCCGACUUCUCUUCAUCAAUCACUACACAAUUCCGAUUUCGUUUCUCGAUUCUUCUCGCGAAUCCAACCCGCUCGAUAUCAUGGAGGACCGAUCAACUGGGGCCUCCGGCUCGCCAUCUCCUCAGCCAGACCUGCACCGGAACCGAUUGCCGACUCUGUUUGAGGUCUUGAGUCGUCGAACCCUGCCACCCGUCGACCUCUUCUCGUUCUACAUUUUCAUGAGAGAUCAGCAAAAAUCCGUCGAUUAUCUCGAUUUCUGGCUCGAUGUUGCUCAGCACAUGUCCUUGUGCCGCCACUAUGUGCGCGAACUCCGCAGAUCCGUCCUAGUUGGAACACCUGACUUGGAUAAGUCGGGCUCCAAGCGGUCUUCUCAGAUCUUGGAUGGACUUGGUGACAUGAGCCAUUCCGCCGCCGGCCCAUCAAUGUAUGCCACUGAGAAGGAGAAGAACCAGGAUGCACAGAUGUCGGCCUACCUGAGAGAAGAGGCCCAAGACUCCCCUCAAAGCAGCACUGGAGAGCAUCGCAGCCGUCCCAGUGGGGCUUUCAGCACUCCGCGCGACCUGACGACAGAUUCCAACUCUCCCGCACACACCGUCGCGAGACAGGAUAUCCGGGCUUCGGCGGAGAAGAUCCUCUACACCUUCCUCCUUCCGGGCGCAGAGCGUGAAAUCAUUCUUCCGGGCUCCAUUACUCAGGACGUCACGACUUCCAUUGAGGACUUUGGUAGAGACGAUCCAGAGGUGUUUGACGUUGCCAAGGACUACGUCUUUCAGGCUAUGGAACGCGAUGCCUUCCCCAACUUCUUGAGAAUGAAGGCCCUUGGCAACCUCAUCCCGACCACUCUCCAGAUCAGAAUGAUUGUUGGUCUUUUGGCCAUGUUUGGUGGCUUCUGGGCUGCUUUUAUUCUCAUCUUCCUCAAUGCCCCUCGAACUACCAGAUGCUGGCUUAUCCUUCCAUUCACUGUUGGUGUCUAUUUCCUCGCAUCAUACCAGUACUCUCUGGAUCCUGUCCUCGCUCUCAUCGGCCUCAGCGAGUACACGCCGUUCAACUUCUCUCGAAUUCGUGAGCCCUACGUUCGUAAGCUCCUUGCUAAGCGGUCUAUCAUGGUCCUCGCCGUCACAAUUUUAAUCGACGCCGCGCUCUGUGUGCUUUUCAUCCUUGUCCCCGGCAAACGGUUGUAA